AUGGUGGCAACAGAGUUCCUGGGCUAUAUUCAGUCAUUUUCUGCAACCACAUACAUUGGAGUUGAAGAUUUGGCAGACCGGGCCAAUUUCCAGUGGAACGUUAUUGUUCUCUUGAUCAGCAUGAUUUUAGUAACAGUUCGACAGUAUUUUAUGGCUCCACUGGUUUGCUACCUUCCAACUACAGUAAGUGGUGGGAAUGCGGAAUCAUAUGUUACGAAUCUCUGCUGGGUGGAAGGCACCUUCCCUAUCAAUCUCACCUCAGGUGUUGUUCCCCACGAUAUCAAGGAGUGGAGUUCCACAAACCCUAGAAUCAUGAAUUAUUACCAAUGGGUUCCGUUGGUUCUUGGUCUCCAAGCCAUCAUCUACUACGUUCCGAGGAUAAUUUGGAGCAUAUUUACCUACAACAAAACAGGGACAGAUCUUCAGAGUCUUAUCAGAACAGCCGACAGUGCCGCAAAGGAUGAUGGGGAAAAACGCGAGAAAGCAGUACGCCAUAUGGCGAAAAGUCUGGAACUACUCCUAUUCAAUCGUCGUGAAUAUCACUAUCGUCGGGACGGACGCUUGGCUAGGGUGCUGCAAUUUCUCCCCGGAAAAAGGCAUGGCAAUAACCUCAUCUACUACUACAUCUUUAUCAAGAUUCUCUACGUUGCUAUUGGGAUCGCACAACUCUAUCUCAUGUACACAUUCCUUCGUUUUGAUAAGAGGGAGGGGUACCUCUUCUUUGGCUGGAAAAUCUUGGACGAUAUUCGUAGAGGGAGGCCAUGGACGGAGACACAGGUAUUUCCACGUAUCGGCGCCUGUCGACACACACUUCAGCACGUAGCUGCUGGCAACAAUCUGUUCGCUCAAUGCGUUCUGCCUAUUAACAUGCUGAACGAGAAGAUAUACAUUUUUCUCUACUUCUUUUUGGCUGGUGUUCUGCUUUUUACUGUCGUUAGCAUUCCUCUUUGGGUCUUUAGGAUUUCAAAGUACCGGCAGAGACAUUUUGUUAAACGUUUUCUGAAAAUGGCGGAUGUUUACAAUAGAGAUGACCAGCAAUUAAAGGACUUGAUAGACCGCUUUAUCAACGAGUUUCUGAGACAAGAUGGACAUUUCCUACUGAGAAUGUUAUCUAUGAACGCGGGCGACCUAAUCACUGUAGAAAUUGUCUGCUGUCUCUUUGGCAAUUACAGAAAGCAGUUUUUCGGGAAGGAUUUCCGUGGCCAAAAGAAGGAAAAAGCCAACGAGUAUGGUGAUCCGCAAAAAAGCGGAAACAUCCCGAAGAGUGGCCCCUAUUCAAGCAGUCCCACUAGUGAGGGUGACUUCAUGAGUAUGAAGCUGCAGCCUGGCGGUUAUGCCUCGUCAAAACAUCGUCCACUACCCACAGCACCACCGGAAGACUCGCCGCCAUACCCACAAGAUGAGGAGGAACUCCAGAAGGCGUCCGUGACCUCGCCUUAUCCUAAGUUGCCCGAUAAUCUUCCUGAUAUUAACAAAAGAUUAACCCCUAUAGUGAUGGCGGGCAAGGUCUGGGUGGGUCCACAGUUAGAGGUUCGGUUCUGGGGUCAUAUCUAA